AUGGGCGGCAUCGCCGAGGAGUUGGCCCGGGCCGGCGCCAACCUGGUCUGCGUCGACAUCCGCGAGGACCACGCCGUAAAAUGCGCCGCGGCCAUUGUCGCCGAGGGACAUGAGGCCAUCGGCGUAGCCUGCGACGUCACCGACGAGGACCAGGUGGUCGCCGCGAUCUCCAAGGCCACCGGACGGUUUGGGGGCGUGGACAUCCUGGUCAACGGCGCGGCCCAGUUCAACUUCAAGGGCGUGCUGAACAUGCCGUUGGACGAGUGGCGGCGCCAGACCGACAUCAUUCUCACCGGCGCGUUUCUGUUCACCAAGCACAUGGCUCAAUUGAUGAUCCAGCAGGAUCGAAAGGGCAAUAUCAUCAACAUCAUUUCCACCGCGGGACAUCAGGGUGAACCCGGCAACGUGGGCUACGGUACUGCCAAGGGCGGACUGCUCAACUUCACCCGGUCUGUGGCCAUGGAAUUGUCCGCCUACGGCAUCAGGGUCAACAGCCUGACUCCAACCGCCACUGACCAGUCCGAAGGACGGGAGCGGGCCGCCAGAUGGGGGGUGGAUUGGCCAGGACCCCGCCUGGGACAACGCGCGGCUGGACUAAUCCCGGACGCCAGCAGAGGCGCCCCCUUGCUCAGGCUCCCGGGUCCGACACACUACGGCAAGGCAGCGGUGUUCCUGGCGUCCGACGACGCUGAAAUGAUUACCGGAUUCGAUCUGCGCGUGGAUGCCGGCGCCAUUUCGAGGUACUGGAUCUGGUCACCGGGCGACGCUUAG